UUAUCUUAUCCUUCUACCCACAAUCUCCCUCCACCACUCCUGUAAAACCCCGCCAGGUUGAGCAACCAAACCUCCAAAACCCCUCAAUCUACAUUGCUCAACUUCCUCAUCCUCCAAUCUUCACCAUCAAUGAAUCCUUGUUCUCUGCUAAUAACUCACAAACCCCACUUUUCAGUCCCUUUAAAAUCUUCCCUUUAUAGAAAAACCAUCACCAUUUCCGCAGUGAACCAUGCCUAUUACUUUACUUCCAGUCCCUCUUUCCAUUCUUUCACUACUUUCCUUCAGCGCCAUAAAAAUCCAGUCUUGAAGGUGGAGGUUGCUAGGUGUUCGCAAGAAGAUGCAGUUUUGGACCCUAAAGAUGCUGCAUUGCUGGUUUCUACUUGCAUUACAAGGAAUUUGGCUCCGGCAUUGACGCUAGAGCAAGGUUUGGAUUGUAUUCAAGAGGCAGUUGAGAAGUUGAAGGCCAAUCCUCCGUCUUGUCCAAUUGGAAUGGUUAGAUUUCAGGUUGCAGUGCCUCCAAGUCCAAAAGCUUUAAAAUGGUUUUGCAGUCAACCUCAGUCAGGAGGGGUGUUUCCUCGAUUUUUUCUUUCCAAGGAGGAGAAUCCAUCAUACAUGUCACUUGCUUUGGGUAGGACGUGUGGUGUUUUUGGAAUUGGUGCCGCAGUCUAUUUCAAGGGUCACUAUUCUCAUCCGUCUAGAGAGCAUAGCGAGUUUCAAAGAUCAUAUCCUGCUAUGGAAUUGGAUAUUCCAAUGGCUUAUGGUUUUUUGGAUGUCAGUUUUGAUGUAAUUUCAUCUUCUAUGAAGUAUGAAGCUGGUUCUUUUUACUUUUUCAUUCCCCAGAUUGAGUUGCAUGAAUCAGAGGAGGUUACUGUCUUGGUUGCUAAUCUUGCAUGGAAUGACUCUUCCACUUCUUUUUUUGCGAAAGCUAUUCAGACCUAUGAGAUUGCUCUCUACCAGGCCAGAUGUCAUCUUUGGUCAUUGAUGGAUGAAUGCAGUAAGAAAUGCAUCAAUGCCCUUCAAGUGUAUGGGACCAUGAAGGAUAAAAUUGCUGAGAUGGUGUGCAUGAGUGCUUUCCAGAUAGGAGGAAGUCUUCUGGAUGCUGGCACUCUGGAACUGAAAGAUGCUCCACGAUGUUCCAGCCAGUUUUCAGCCAUGCUUUCGCCUUUGUCGGCUAUUUCUAAUAAUAUGUACCACAGUGAUUACUUCGAUAAAACGGGGUACUCUACACCAGAUUGUCCAAACAUCAAUUCCUUGUGGGCUUCCCUCAUAAUUGAAGAAUGUACUCGACUUGGAUUGACGUAUAUUUGUGUAGCUCCAGGGUCGAGGUCAUCUCCCCUUGCAAUUGCUGCAUCAGCUCAUCCCCUUACUACUUGUGUUGCAUGCAUUGACGAGCGCUCACUUUCCUUCCAUGCUGUUGGUUUUGCGCGAGGUUCUCAUAGUCCAGCAGUGAUCAUAACAUCAUCUGGUACCGCGGCUUCAAAUCUUCUUCCUGCUGUCGUGGAGGCGAGUCAAGAUUUUUUACCACUUAUAUUACUUACAGCGGACCGUCCUCCUGAGCUGCAAGAUGUUGGUGCAAAUCAAGCAAUCAAUCAGGUCAACCAUUUUGGUCCCUUUGUGAGGCAUUUCUUUGGUCUUCCUGCACCCACCGAUGACAUUUCUGCAAGGACGGUACUUACUACUCUUGACUCUGCAGUGAAUAUAGCAACCUCUUCCCCAUGUGGUCCUGUUCAUAUCAACUGCCCUUUCCGAGAGCCAUUGGCAAAAACUCCAAGUAUAUGGAAUGAUAGCUGUUUGAAAGGAUUAGAUUUUUGGAUGUCAUCUACUGAACCAUUUACCACAUAUAUUGAAGUACAACAUUCUAUUUCAAGUGCUCGUAUUCAUGCUGAUAUGGAUGAAGUCAUUAAAGUCAUUGAAAGGGCAGACAGAGGGCUUUUGAUCCUUGGUGCCAUUCAUACUGUGGAUGAUAUUUGGGCAGCUCUUCUCCUUGCUAAACACCUGCUGUGGCCAGUAGUGGUUGACAUCUUGUCAGGGUUACGACUCAGGAAGUACAUGGCUUGCUUCUCUAAUACUGAAGAUGAUAUUUUGUUCAUUGAUCACCUUGACCAUCUGCUGCUCUCAGAAAAAGUCAGGAACUGGAUGAAGGUAGAUGUGGUAAUUCAGAUCGGAAGUCGGAUAACAAGUGCACGCAUUCAGGAGAUGCUAGAGCAUUCCUUUCCUUGCUCAUACAUAAUGGUUGAUAAUCACCCAAGACGUCAUGAUCCUUUGCACAUUGUAACUCAUAGGAUCCGAAGUACUAGUACUGAGUUCACCAAUUAUUUGCUUAAAGCUUGUUCACCGUAUCUUUGCAGCAAAUGGAAUGGUUACCUACGUGCAUUGGACAUGAUGGCUGCUUGGGAGAUGUCAUUUUUAAUCAGUUCAGAGUGCUCCCUAACUGAACCUUAUGUUGCUCAUAUUCUCCCGGAAAUCCUUGACUACGAGUCGGCUGUAUUUCUUGGAAAUAGCAUGCCAAUACGUGAUGCAGACAUGUAUGGAUCUAACAAGGCACAAAAUACACAUAGUGCUUUAAUGCUCAACUUGGGCUUGCCAUGUCAUUGGAUACAGGUAGUUGGGAACAGAGGAGCUAGUGGGAUUGAUGGUUUGCUUAGUACAGCUGUUGGUUUUGCUGUUGGCUGCAAUAAAAGAGUUCUCUGUGUGAUUGGAGAUGUUUCUUUUCUCCACGACUCAAAUGGAUUGUCACUCUUGGGUCAAGGGAUUUUGCGGAAGCCGAUGACAAUAGUUGUAAUAAACAAUCAUGGUGGAGCAAUCUUUAGCCUUCUACCAAUUGCAGCUAUGACAGAGCGAAGAGUUUUAGAUCAGUUCUUCUACACAUCUCACAAUGUUUCAAUACGUAACCUUUGUCUGGCAAAUGGUGUGAAGCAUGUAAAAGUACACACAAAAAUGGAUUUGCUGGACAGCUUAUUCACGUCUCAGUGUGAAAAGGUCGAUUGUGUUAUAGAAGUUGAGAGCUGCAUUGAUGCCAAUGCCAACUUUCACAGUGAUUUGAGAAAAUUUAGUCGCCAAGCAGCAGAGCAGACUAUGGAUAUCUUUUCACAUUCAACUUCAGUUACCACCGGACAGGCGCAGGGAUUCAUCAUUGGUAGAAUUACUAAAAUGGAUUAUUCUCUCUAUAGGGUUAACCUGUGUGCUCCACCUACUUCAACUUCAGGCAGCAAUGAAUCUACCACAUUCUAUAGAGAAGGCUUUGUUCUUAGCUUGUCUCUUGAAGAUGGAAGUACUGGGUAUGGGGAGGUUGCACCUCUUGAAAUCCACAAGGAAAAUUUGCUCGAUGUUGAAGAGCAGCUUAGGUUCCUAAUUCACAUGUUAGAAGGAGCUAAAAUUGAUUAUUUCCUUCCUCUACUAAAGGGUUCUUUUUCCACCUGGAUAUGGCACACUUUAGGUAUCCUGCCAAGCUCCAUUCUUCCAAGUGUUAGAUGUGGUUUGGAGAUGGCUGUUCUCAAUGCAGUUGCUGCAAAAGAAGGUUCCUCUAUGUUGAAUAUACUCUACCCAAAGACAGUAGAUUUACCCAAGAAGUUUUUGAAUGUCCACAUCUGUGCACUUAUUGACUCUGUUGGGAGUCCACUGGACACGGCAUACAUUGCAACUUCACUGGUUAAAGAGGGUUUUAUUGCUGUAAAGAUGAAGGUAGCUCGUCGGGCUAAUGUGAUUGAGGAUAUUGCUGUAAUACAAGAGGUAAGGAGGAAGGUGGGAGAUCAAGUUGAACUUCGUGUGGAUGCAAAUCGGAAUUGGACAUAUGAUGAAGCAAUUCAAUUUGCCAAUUCUGUCAAGAAUUGUCGACUCCAGUACAUUGAGGAACCUGUUAGAUAUGAUGAUGAUAUAAUCAAAUUCUGCGAGGAGACUGGUUUGCCAGUAGCUCUGGAUGAAACUGUCAACUGUAUUAGAGAGAAUCCUUUUGACGUCCUCAACCGAUUCAACCAUUCUGGAGUAGUUGCUAUAGUUAUCAAACCAAGCCUUAUUGGGGGUUUUGAAAAUGCAGCUCUGGUUGCACGAUGGGCUCAGCAACAAGGGAAGAUGGCAGUUGUUAGUGCCACAUUUGAAAGUGGCCUGGGCUUGUCAUCCUAUGUUCAAUUCUCUUGCUAUCUUGACCUGCAAAGUGCAGAUAUACGUAGACUGAUGGAUAAGGAACCAUCAGCAUGUAUAGCCCAUGGUCUUGGAACAUACAGAUGGUUUACUGAAGAUGUGACUCUAGAGCCAUUAAACAUCUGUUGUAAUUCAAAAACUGGCAUUGUUGAGGCAUGUGCUACUGAUGCUGGUCAACAUCUGCAGCACUUCCAAAUCAAUCAAAAUGUGGUUGUGCAGAAUUUUGAUCAGGAAAAUGUUCACGAUUACAGGUUGACAGUUGAUUUAGAGGGUUUCUCAUUUUCCUUCAAUGUUCUAGAGAUGGGUCAAAGCAUUGCUGGAAAUGUAGUUGUAUUUCUGCAUGGUUUCCUGGGUACUGGUCAAGACUGGAUCCCCAUCAUGAAGGCUAUGUCAAUGUCAGCACGAUGUAUUGCUAUUGACCUUCCUGGGCAUGGUGGAUCAAAGUUAAAAACUGAUUCAGCAGCCAAACCUAGUUUAUCCAUACAUGUCAUUGCCGAGAUGUUAUGCCAGUUGUUUCCUCAUAUAACUCCUGAAAAGGUUAUCCUUGUUGGAUACUCAAUGGGUGCAAGGGUUGCUUUACAUAUGGCCCUAAAAUGCAGCGACAAGGUUGAAGGAGCUGUCAUUAUUUCAGGAAGCCCAGGAUUGGUUGAUCCACUGGCAAGAAAGUUGCGAAGGGCAAGGGAUGAUUUCAGAGCAAGUUCCCUUGUUUCUAAUGGGCUUGAGUUCUUUUUAGAUGCCUGGUAUGCAGAAGGGCUGUGGACAAGUUUAAGGAGCCAUCCGUAUUUUAAAAAGGUAUUGGCCAGCCGCUUGCAGCAUGAUGAGUUGCAGACUCUUGCAAAAGUUCUAUCUGAUUCGAGUAUUGGGAGGCAGCAACCAUUGUGGGAUGACCUGAAGCAUUGCAAAAUACCACUUCUAUUCAUUGUUGGAGAGAAGGAUCUAAAGUUCAAGAAUAUUGCUUGGCAGAUGGUUAACAAAUACUGUACAGGGACUAGAGAGAGUCCAAAACUAAUUGAAAUCUUAAAUUGUGGUCAUGCUGUGCAUCUUGAGAAUCCUCUCCCUGUCAUCAGUGCAGUCAGGCAGUUCUUAAAGAGAAUAGAAAAGGCUUCAGUUCUUAGCAAUAGAUGAUGCAGGUGUGUUAUAAGUAAAAAGAUAAUGUGCCAGAUCACUGUCAUGCUACUAUCUUUCAGGGUGAGCAAGAGGACAGAAACUGCAAUACCACCAAAAUUUUGUUCCAAUCUUCCUGAGAUGGGAUAAUAUUAUUAAGAAACAACCUAGGAAAGAUACAGUAUUAUUAAGAAACAACCGAGGAAAGAUUCAUCAACUGUGUAUGGAAAGCAUGUACUGUUGCUGCUGCCCACCUCAGGAAAUUAGGGAAUCUAAGCUGUAGCUGUAGUCUACAUGCUCAAGAAUCCUGUUUAUGGUGUGUGUUAUGGAACGGUAUUUACUUAAGCAGUAUGAAAGUCGAAAUGAGGGCAGAGGCUUGUUGUUGCCCACUUUAUUCUCUGAUUUCUGUUGUUUGGCAACUCAUUCUUUUUAAACCUUCACGUUUUAGAAAUUUGGUCGUGUCAAUGCCAAUGUCCAGACAUUCAUUCUAUCUUACAGCUUGCCUAAUGGAGGUUUGCAUCAU